GGGGGUUGGGGGGCCGGAGAGGCGCCCCCGGAAGCCGCUCCUGGAGCCGCAGGGACUUGCCUCCGCCCAGCGGGGCUCCUGCAGGUGCUGGUCGGCGCCCUGUUCCCUGAGCGGGACCCUCCGAUGUCCAGGACGUGACCGCAGACACCUCGGGAGUUCGCAGGGCAGCUCCCCGCACACACAGGAGCCCCCCGUCCUGCGGGCCUGGCAGGGGCCGCGCCGGUGGGGCGGGUCCGAGUGGAGCCCAGGCUGCUUGGGGCCCUGGGUUCAAGCCUGAAGGCCGCUGGCGGCACCGCCGUCCCCAGAGGCCCCUUCCUCGCUGCAUUUGGACUUAGCAUUUGGGUCUAGCCUCGGUGGAGCAGCUGAGCAGAGCCGCACAGGGGACUUCCUGUUGAGGACACAGCCCAGCCUCUCCCAGCUCUGCCCACAGGACUCGGGCAUCGGCAUCGGCACCCGGCACCCAGGAAGGUGUGCUGCGGCCAGGACGCAUGGCUGAGGUGGGGGCCGGCGAGCCCUCCCCUGGCCUGGAGGUGGAGCAGGGGACGGAGUACGACGUUCUGCCUCCGCCCACCGUCUCCCUCAGCGACUCCGACUCGGACUCCGACCUCAGCUGGCCCGGCAGCGCCCCGCCGGAGGCUCUGUCCCCAGAGCUGCUGCCUGGGGAGACCCAGGGGGACUCAGGCCCCGACAGCUCCCCCUCGCCGCCCAGGGGCCCCCCCGGAGCCGCCGUGCAGCCUUUCCACCUGCGGGGCACCAGCAGCACCUUCUCUCAGCGCAGCCAGAGCAUCUUCGACUGCCUGGAGGGGGCGGCCAGGCGGGCUCUGCCCUCCGCGGGCCAGGCGGGCCUGGGUGACAGUGGGGGCUUCAAGCAGCCCCGGGUGCCCUCCAGCCGGCCCCUAGCAGAGGGCCUGGGCAGAGCCCCGCAGAGCCUCAUCCCCCCCAGGGUGCCCCCCGUGCCCGACUACGUGGCCCACCCCGAGCGCUGGACCAGGUACAGCCUGGAGGACGUGGCCGAGGCCAGCGAGCAGAGCAACCGGGCAGCCGCCCUGGACUUCCUGGGCUCCCCGCGUGGGGCUGCGCCCGGCAACUACGAGCCCUCCUUCAACCAGGACCCGUCCAGCAGCGGGGAGGGGAGGGUCGUCUUCUCCAAGCCCCCCCGCGCCGAGGCCAGGCCGGCCAGGCCCGAGAGGAAGAGGGUCCUGCAGGAGGCGGGGGGCCCGGGCGGGGCCGAAGGCACCGUGGAGCUGGCCCACCUGGCCAGGCCUGGGAGCCCGGAGGCUGAGGAGUGGGGUGGCCUGCAGGAGGUGGACAUGCCCGAGGGGGCCCCCCACAGUAGGCCAGCGGUAGGCCCCCCAGCGGUGGAGACGGUUGGCUUCCACGGCAGCAGGAAGCGGAGUAGAGACCACUUCCGGAGCCAGAGUGCGGGCCCCGAGGCCCCCGGUGCAGAGGGCUGACCGCGCUGAGGGCUGACAGCAACGGCCCCCAAGUCAGGAGCCCGCCCCUGGGCUGGGAGCCAGGUGGGCAACCUGUCGGCGCCGUGGCCUGGUUGGGCUCAGGCAGCGGUCUUUGGGCAGGGACCUUGCCAAGGGGACUGGAAGCUGGGCCCACUGGUGCCCGUGGAGGAACAAUAAAGGUUUUGGGUUUUACUCAG